GAUAUUACCGCUGUGGACCUUGCUCUGUCAAAGCCAUCAAGGAAGGAAUGCUCAGCUAUCAAUUUGAUGCCCCGUUUGUGUUUGCUGAGGUAAAACAAUAAUAAUACAUCUUCUUUAUGCUUGACCAGUAACACUUUGUUGAAUACCUUCAUUGUCAAUCUAUGCCACUAUGAAGCAUAACACAGUUAAGCUUUAUUACUUGCAAUGCAUUUUAUUUAAUUAAAAUCAGUCUUAAUAUUCGCAUGUAUCUAUUUAUUUUAACCUCAGGUGAAUAGCGACGUUCACAAAUACAAGCUAAAUCCACAAACUGGGAAAACUGAGUUACUAAGCGUGGACACAACCUAUGUCGGCAGGAAAGUCGUGACGAAGUCCAUUGGUGGAAACAAUUAUGAGCCAAUGGACAUUACAGAGACGUACAAAUACCCAGAAGGUAUGUGGCACCUGGACAAUGGAGUAGGCUGGCAAGGGUGCAACUGCACGUUUAAAGUUUGUUAUUGGCAGUUUGUAAAAUGUCUCAUGAAACUAAUGCAACAAGAAUGAAGUAUAGAAAUGACUUUGCUAUUACUGCUUUUCAAAUUACUUAGCAAAAAUGUAAACCCAACAUGGAACUAUUUGAACGAUUUUACUGAGUUACAGUUCAUAUAAGGACAUUUGUCAAUUGAAAUAAAUGUAUUAGGUCCUAAUCUAUGGAUUCCAAAUGCCUGGGCAGUGGUGCAGCCAUGGGUGGGCCUGGGAGGGCAUAGGUCCACCCAUUUGGGAGCCAGGCCCACCCACUGGGGAGCCAGGCCCAGCCAAUCAGAAUGAGUUUUUCCCCACAAAAGGGCUUUAUUACAGACAGAAAUACUCCUCAGUUUCAUCAGCUGUCAGGGUGGCUGGUCUCAGAAGAAGCCGGAUGUGGAGGUCCUGGGCUGUGGAGGUCCUGGGCUAUACAGUAUAUAUAUUCCUAUAGGUGAAAUAAAAUUGCCAAUGAGUUUCAUAUCAGUCCCAUGGUUGUUUUUUUAAGGAGUGGGGCAGUCCCACUCCUCUCUUAUUUUUUUGUCUAUUGUAUUUGAUAGAGAGAGAGAAAAGAUAAAAUAGCAGUGGGCCGGAUUCAAACCGUUGCUGCAGCGAUAUAUGUGUUCCGAAGAGAGCGGUUUAGAUCACUAGACCACUCUAGACCACCAGUCCCAUGUUAACUCUAUUCCCCUCCAUCUCCCCACACACGCACAGGCAGCGAUAAGGAUAAAGAGACCAUGAAGAAAGCAGAGAGAACCAACAAGCUACGUAUGCAAGACGACGACGAGCAGGAGAUCCCACAGGCUAACGUGGAGAUGACGCUGGAGACACCAGUGGAGCCGGUGAUGAUUGGCCAUGACUUCCAGAUGGCUGUGGUCUUCAGGAACCUGAGUGAAGACACACGCACCAUCCAUGGCUUCCUGGUGGGCUCCACGGUGUACUACACCAACAUCCAAAGAGCUCAGUUCAAGCAGGAGAGCUUUGACAUCACUCUGAACCCCAUGGAGAGUGAGUGGAAACUGGGGUGACCCUUUACAUACGUACUGUACUGUAUGUCUUUUUGGGCUUGAGAAUGUCUCCAUGUAUCACAACUUUGUACGAUAGUCCUGCAAAGCUUUCAGACCACUCCUCUGAAAUAAAAUCCUCAACUGCUAAUAGAAAAUGCUUUACAGUCCUUUUACAGCUUUACGGUACCGUCCUGUUACAGCAGGUAUGUGUGUAUGUAUUGUAUUGUAAGAUAUUGUGAGGUAAUGAUGGGAUACUCUCUAGUACUUACAUCAAAAGACUUUACAGGUAACAACCUGGUACCAAAUGGUAAGCAACGGUGAAUCCCAAAUUAUCAAAAUAUUAAUUAUCAGGUAAUUAUUCUAAAAGUUAUGUGCUGCCAAAAAUGUACUCCUGUUGUUGAUUGAAUUUGUUUCAUUGUCAAAACUCUGUCUCCGUGUAACCAACAGCGUCGAGGGUAGAGGUGGUCGUACUGGCCCAGAAGUACAUGCCCCAGCUGGGUUGCUUGUCCAAUCUGCGCUUCGUGGUGACGGCCAAGAGCAUGGAGAACAACCAGGACAUGACGGCCAUGCAGAUAGUGAACCUGGAAGGCCCCGAGCUGCUCUUUUCGGUGGGUCUGGAAGUUCCAUUAGUCCCCUUUAUUAGGAUGUAUUUCCUUAUUCCCUUAAAGGGAUAGUUCGCCCAAAUAAGAAAAAUACCUUUUGGUUUCCUUACCUUGUCAGCAGUAAUUUGGUGACAGUGGCCAGGUAAACAAAACCAAAUCAUGGAUUGCUCUCUUAUGUUUUUCCAUAGACUGCUGACAUGGAAAGAAAAAAUGUCAUUUUGUAAUUUGGGUGAACUAUCCCUUCAAGUGUUCUGUAAAAGUAUAUCUGAAAUAUAUUUAGUUUUUCCCCAAGAGCUAAUGUAAAUUAGUAGUGUACCCAAUUGAAGCCUUAUUUGUGCUGCUGGAGUGCUGCAUCUCUCCUCGCCUUUGAUCAAGCAGCCAUUCCAAAAACCAUCCAUGCAGCCAACGCAGGAGAGUUGAUUAUCCCUAGAUGAUUAUAAUUUCUUAUAUCACCAUAGAUUGUUGUGAAUGGACUAUCUCUAUUUGAACAGAUGAGUGGACCAGCGCAAGUGAACCAGGAGGUAUUUGUCAAGGUGGAGUUCACCAACCCGUUCCCAUUCAGCCUGCGUGACGUGAGGAUGGCCAUGCAAGGGCCUAAUUUCAUGUCAUACCGGGAAAAGUUGUACAGGUAACAGGAUUUACAACUCCAAGAUCUCACAUCAUGAUGAUGCUCAUACUUCCAUUAGUAUAUUUAGUAUGCCAAUCUGUGUGUGUGUGUGUGUGUGUGUGUGUGUGUGUGUGUGUUUGUAGUGAGAUCGCUACCGGCGCCUCCAUCUCCUGGAUGGAGUCAUGUGUCCCUACGAGGUCUGUGAAAACAAUGAUCUAUGCUGUCCUGGACUGCUCGGUCCUUGGGAAUGUCCAAGGCAAUUGGGCCAUCUGCAUCCAGGCC